AGUCCCACAUUCCUUAGGAAUACAGGCUGCUUUUCUAGCAAACCCAGAAGUUUACAGAGCAAUAUUCUAGAUCAGUUUUCCUCCACCAGAUCUGCUAAAAUCAUAUAUCCCAGGCAGGCAGCACUCAAAAGCCAGUUGGCUGGGAGUGAUGGGAACUGUAGAACAGCACGUCUGCUGUGCAUCGGUCCAUAAAAUCAGAUUAAAGAAUGCCUUUAUUUUCCCUAACCCCAACUCAGAAGAAAGGCAGAUUUAACUCGGGAUAAGGGCAGGGGAAGCGGGCUGUAGAUUAUUUGUCCGUCCCUCAGCGUGGACAUCCUCUCGCCGGUUAGUUACCGCGUUUGUCUGCGGCUUUCCCGGAACCAAGGAGCGCGCGUUACGCAAGAUUAACGAGUAAACGAUACGCCGCACCCUUCGUCCCAUGUUCUUCUCCCAGCUCUCGCCUCUCCGGCCGGGGGCCGGCUUCCACCUGACUCUGCGAAUGACCCCGAUUCCAGGCGGAGAAGCCUCUCUCGCAGGAGGCGCCUGACUCGCUGGGUUCCCGGAGGAAAAGGGCUCGCUAAGAACCGGGAGGAAAAGGAGAGCUCGCCGGGGCAGGAUGACUCGGCCCUGGGAGGAACGCAGCCAGAUGGCCGCGAGUCCCCGAAAGCUUCGUUCGGGCAGCAGGGAGAACGGGAGACCGGCGCUUCCGGCCUGCGAACUCCGAGUCCCGCCGAGGCUUCCCCGGGGGCCGUGGCCUUCCCCCGCCCCACCCAGCGCUCUGCUCUCCUCCCCUGCCUUCCAAUUGGCAAGCCCAGCUCUCGGCCCCUAACGCUAUAUAUGCCUCGUUCCGCCCGGCUAUGGGACCUGAGCAGAGAGAGCGCAGCAUCCUCAUCCCGCGGCGCUCCAGACCUUCCCUGCCGUUGUACGAAGGGAGAGAGAGCCCCAUCAGACGCCACCGACUGGGGCAAAGUUUCUUUCGGUUUGCCAGGAAUCCUGACUGCCAGGGUCUUCCCGGGGCUAGAUCGCGGACCUUCUAGGUUCCCUUCCUAGCUCUUCGCCACCUUCCUCCCGCGCCUGGCUUUCCCGGGUACAGCCCUCCUGCAGCUGGAGGUUCGCAGCGUUUGAACCAUCCAUUCAUCCACCCACCCACCCAUCCUUCCAUCCAGUACCAGAAUCAUGAGUUCCCCUUUGAAGCGAGCGCCCUUGCUCAGCUCUCUCCUAAAGCUGCGAGGUCCCAGGAGUGCACCUGCUUUGCAGCAGCAGCAACAGGUGCCCACUUCCUCCGUGUGUGCCUUGGAGCCCAAGGCUCAGGUGCCUUCUUGCCCCAUGCAUGCUCCCCACUCACUUUCUGCUCUGCCCGGUCCCAUCAAAUGGCCUCUGAUGGGCAGCCUCUUAGACAUCCUGUGGAAAGGGGGCCUCAAGAAACAGCACCAGACACUGGCUGAAUACCACCAGAGGUUUGGCAAAAUCUUCCGCAUGAAACUUGGGAGUUUUGACUCAGUUCAUAUAGGUGCACCCUGUCUGCUGGAGUCUCUCUAUAGGAAAGAAAGUGCCUAUCCACAGCGCCUGGAGAUUAAACCCUGGAAAGCCUAUCGAGACUACCGUAAAGAGGGAUAUGGACUGCUUAUCCUAGAAGGAAAGGACUGGCAGAGAGUAAGAAGUGCGUUUCAGAAGAAAUUAAUGAAACCCGUGGAAAUUGUAAAGUUGGACACUAAAAUCAAUGAGGUCCUAGCUGAUUUUAUGCAUCAGAUAGAUACACUCUGUAAUGAGAACGGAAAAAUAGAAGAUUUAUAUUCUGCACUGAACAAAUGGUCAUUUGAAAGUAUUUGCCUGAUGCUAUAUGGGAAAAGGUUUGGACUUCUGCAGCGAGACGUGGAGGAGGAAAGUUUGAACUUUAUCAAGGCUGUAAAAACGAUGAUGAGCACUUUUGGGAAGAUGAUGGUAACGCCAGUUGAACUCCAUAGAAGUCUAAAUACAAAAGUUUGGCAAGCUCAUACAAAUGCAUGGGAUAAUAUAUUUAAGACAGUGAAAUGCUCCAUUGAUAGCAGGCUGAAGAAACACUCUGCAAAUCCCUCUGAAGAUUUCCUCUGUGACAUCUACUUUGGGAGCCAGCUUUCUAAGAAAGAACUAUAUGCAGCUAUUACAGAGCUUCAAAUUGCUGGGGUUGAAACGACUGCCAACAGUUUACUUUGGGCUCUAUACAACAUCUCCUGCAAGCCAGAUGUCCAGGCAAAACUGUUUGAGGAGAUACAGAAUGUGGUUUCACCUGGAGAAGAUCCAAAUUGUGAACACCUGAAAAAAAUGCCUUAUUUGAAGGCAUGCCUGAAAGAGUCAAUGAGGUUAACACCUUCUGUGCCGUUUACUACACGAACCCUUGACAAAGAAACAGUCCUUGGGAAUUAUGCUCUUCCAAAAGGGACUGUGUUGAUGAUUAACACUUACGCUCUGGGAUGCAAUGAAGAAUAUUUCAGUAACUGGAGUGAGUUUCAGCCAGAGCGUUGGUUGCAAAAAACCAUCCAUCCAUUUUCUCAUGCUCCCUUUGGCAUUGGAAAAAGAAUGUGUGUUGGGCGCCGACUGGCAGAGCUGCAACUUCAGCUAGCUCUCUGUUGGCUUAUACGGAAGUAUCAGAUUGUAGCUACUGACGACAAGCCAGUAGAAGCUCUUCACUUAGGAAUCCUCAUCCCCAACCGAGAACUUCCCAUUGCAUUCAAACGACGAUAAGAUUCAACUGGAGAAACAGCUGACAUUUUUGGUAGACAGCAUUCUUGAAUUUUGGAUUCCUAGAUCCUGCUAGAGUCUAACUAUAUUUUGAGCGAUGUGUGUUAACAGCAAGGGCAGAAUAGCAGGAAUCCAAAGCUAGCUUGAAGGCAAAUCAGUCAAGCUAUGUUGAGCACACCUAAGCAGUCACUUCAUAUUAUUGUAAAAGCUAUACCUGUUCCAAAGGUAUACAGUAGAAGAAUGGCAGAAUUACAAACUUGGCAGAUGAGAGUAAUUCUUUUCACCUAAUCUUGGGAUGAAAGAAAAGUCCAUUCUUCUUCAUCUGCUGCUGUGAAAAGUACAGUUCUCGACCCAUGCUGUUAAUGUUUGUAGGAAAACAAUAAUCACAAACUGAUAGAAUAAAACUCUGAGUUUACUCUUAACCUCAGGAUGGAAGUGCUGGAGGAGAAGUUUUGUUUCGCCUCUCCCCAAGUCCUAAUGGAAUUUUAAAUGAAGACCUUUGUCUGCAAGAGGGUGAACAUGAUUUGCAAAGAGACGGAAAGUAUUCUAUGGCAUGGACUGUGUUAGAUAUCCAUAAAGGGAAGAAUGACAAUAAUAGAAGUACUACCCUUUCAGCAUUAGAGGAGGAGAGUUGUGUUAAUCUAUGGUGACAAGAAAUCUGGAAUGAAUGCAGGGUUUGUAGAAAUGCUAAAGGGCUGCAUUUGCAAAACAAACUAUGUCUGGUUUUCUCUGAUGUUUCAUUGUUACAACUACUGGCCCCUUUAGCAAACUCAGCAACUAUGUAUGGCGAAAUAUCAUACAUACACACACACACACACACACACACACACACACACUCACACAGAGGCUUUCAGGCAGACAGAACAAUGAGUCAUAUUACAGAAUGCAGACCACCCAAAUCGUUAUGAGCCCUUCAAGGUGAUGCAUACUUUGGAGAACAGAACAAAUAACUUAUGCUUGGACACAAUGAACUGUGCACUUGAUGACUCCCUAUAUGAGGUGAAUAAGAUCAUACCAGCAGGCCAGUACAAUUUUAUUUCUCAUCAAAUCAAAUCCAGCUCCUAAAUUAUUUGUAACAGUCUAACGAGGUCCUGUAACUUUUUACUUUGGCUAACUGAAGAAUUGAGGCCCUCAUUAGAUAAAUCAAUGCAACUUCCUCAAAUGGCCAGUAUUGUGGGGAGCAAUAGCUUUUCCCUUGUCUCCAAUGUAGACACUCCCCACAAGCUUUCCUCCACUUUUAAGCUAUCUGACAGCUUUCAUGUAUGGAGGGUAACAGAGGGAGAUAGGUUGCUAUGUUUUCCUUUGCCACAACCAGCAAUAUGUCUUGGACUUGCCAGAUAUGAUCUUGAUCUUUUAACUGCCUUUAAAACAAGAGUAAACAAAUUCUUCGGUACAAUGUUGUAAAGUUCCUGGCAGGUUCUCCAUCUCUGAACUGAGAGCAACAAGUUGUGAUUCAUUCUGCAUCCGACUUUCGCCUCUGUGAGCUGCCACUGUUGGAAAUAGGAUGCUGCUCUGAUUAGACACUUAAUCCACUUAAGUUUCCAAAUUCACACUGAUAUGUCACAAUUUAUCCAGAUUAGAACAUCAGCCUUACAGAAUUCCAUAGAAUAUAAGGAUUAUAGUUCCCAGGUAUUUUCUUGUAUUCCUUUUGAUAAAGUUUCCUUCUUAUUUGUUUUUACGUGUUUUUAAUUGUAUUUGUUUUUUUUUAAAAAAGUAAAUGUGUUUUUAAGACCUCUAUAUUUUGAAGAGUUGUCAUAGCUUAUUUUUUUGUUUUGUUUUUUUAACACAAAUUUUAACAUCCAUUUCAUCACUGAUAUUCUGAGAAUUUUGUAAUAAAAAGAAUUUGUGGA